CAGUAACUUCUUUCCAUGGAGAGCAUUUGUUUCGAACCUGUCGCUCCUAGAGUAUGCAUUGGAUCCACAGUAUUGGUUCGUAUGACCUCUAGAUGUAGGCAUGUUUCAUCAUUCAACCAAAGAUUUACAUACCGUGACGUUGGAACUUGGCAGGAGACAUAUUGAGCUAUUUCCAAACAAACGCGUCCUUCCAGAAGACAUUGUCGUGACGCUCAAAGAAAUUGACAUGCAUUCUCAUGUAGAAACCACCACUUCUGAAACGGGCCUAGCACCUUUUGCCUCAAGUGAAGUUGCGAGUAUUGGCGACCACCCUUUUGAAGAACUUUAUUGUUCUGGUGAUCCUAUUCCAUCACAAGUGUCCCAGUUUGCACUUGUGGAUUAUGACGUCCUUGACACCAGACACGCAUCUCCGACAGCCAGGGUUGUUGCAGUGAUAGAUCAUCACGAAGAUGAAGGACAAUACAAGGAUACUAGUACAACUAAUCCCAGGAUAGUCGAACCGGCCGGAAGUUGCUCGUCUCUUGUUACAAGAUUGUAUCAAUCGUCUUCCAACCUUUCCAUACCCCCAGAAAUGUCCACGCUCUUGCUAAGUGCUAUUUUAAUCGAUACUCGAGGCCUGAAAGAUGGGGCAAAGCUCUGGGUGUUGGCAGGGAGGCAGCUGCGUUUUUAAUUCCCAAUUUCCUUGUGGCGCACAAGGAAGAAGUCUUCGCAUCAUCAAAUAACUAGACAAUCAUCCACCUCCCUUCUGUCCAGUCUCUGUCCGAAACGUUAGGGGAGAAGAAACUCUCUGUAUUCCAUCUCAGCACGCGGGACAUGCUGCGGAGAGACUACAAA